UGUGUACUCAGAAACAAACCUGCCUGGCAGCCUCGCCAUGCUCACAUCACACACAUUACUCCGACUCAUCUCAUGCACCCUGCUGCACCUUAGCUCCACCUCAGGGGAGAACUGGCUCCACGUGCCCCAUGAAGACACACCUGGUGUGGACCGUGUGCAAAACCAGAGGACUCUGCUCCUGGAGGCAGUGAGGACAGGGAUCCUCAGCUCUCUGGAUAUGGACAAGGAGCCCAGGCCGACGCGAAAGGUCUCCGAGGGGGAGCUGAGGAGGAUGUUUCAACUCUACUGGGAAAAAAUGAGAGAGAUGAGAGGGAAUUCCAGCGAAACCAGGCAGUCCCUCAAGUCCACCGUACUCUUUCCAGAAACAGUGGAGCAACUACCAUUACUUCGAAGGAGACAAAUCCUACAGUCCGGUCAGCGUGUGCACCGGUACAGGGCUGUUUUCCACAGGAAUCCGAAUAUCCAGAGUGAACUCAGCCUGGCUCAGGCAGAACUGAAGAUUUCAAGUCAAAGUUUAGAUAAACUCUCUUUAUUGCAACCUGAAGUGACGCUGGAGGUCAAAGUUAAUGUCAAUGGGAUAAGAAAAAUGAUCUUUUCAGCCUUGGCUGAAAAAGAUUCGGUGUUCCCGUCCAGUGACUCCAGCUCUCAGGAUGUGCUCCUGGACAUCAGCUCCACUGUGGACACGUGGCUGAGGACUGGCGGACAGUCCUUAGUUGUUGAUCUGGGGAUCGUUGAGACCAGUAAAGACACCGUCGACGCAAACGCAAACAUUUCUGUGGAGCUAAUCCUCAGGCAGGAAAGUCCUGAGCAGAAGACGAGACUGCGGCGCUCUAACAAGGAGGAAGAGUGCGACGAGCGAGGAUGGUGCUGCAGGAAGUCCGUCACCGUCUCCUUCAAAGAAAUUGGCUGGACGGACUGGGUAGUGGCGCCGGAAGAAUACACCAUGCAGUUUUGCGACGGCUCCUGCCCCCACAACUACAAGCCGGCCAGCAUGCACACGCAGGUGAAGUCCAGAAUGCAUCAGAUCACCAAAGGAGGGACGCCUCGGCCCUGCUGCGUGCCGGCGGCCUACGAGCCCAUGGUCAUCAUGCACUACGACAGCCGGGGGAACCUCAAGCUGACCCCUUUCAAUGACUUCAUCGUCACUAAAUGUCACUGUGCCUGAAAAGCUAUGCUUAAAAAAAGAUCGAACAUUUGGGAGUACAUAGUCACGAAAAACUAUGUUACAUGUUGAAACUUGACUGACUCAUAGUUUUUUAAUCGUCGGUUAAAUUAAGAUCAAUUGAAAUGAGUUAUGAUGAACACUAUUCUGAAGAAACAACAAUACUCCUCUGUUAGUAAGUUUUUACAUUCAUACCACUGUUUUUAAAUGCAGUUAUUUAUUAGAAUUUUAUUUAUGCCUUUUUUUGUAUUACUUUAUUGUUUAGUUAUUUUACACCAUACGUUAGUACCGUAAUGUUUAAUUGUAUCAAACUGGGUUGUUUUUAUAAGGUAGAUUUUUUUUUUUGUAUUUUACCUGUACUCAUUUCAACAAUCACACAAAUUGCAAUAUGCAAGUUUUUUUUUUUUUUAAAUACAUUCCAGUCGAACUGCUGCACUCAUAUUUAAAUGUAUAUUUUAAAAUAAAAAGAUAAUUUUGUA